AUCCAUACUGAUAUACCGUAAUAAAGGCUUAAUUUUCCAACAACUCCAUGAUUCAUCCUUUCAUUGCGCUGCAGCAGUGCGUGUCAACAUCGAGAGCUUUCAAAUUGCUUCUUGGAAUACUGUGUAACUCAGCACACCUCAGUAUUAUGGCAUCUAUUACUGAAGAGAGCUCCAACAAAUCUUUCGGAGGAUGGCAGAAAGUGUACUCCCAUGACAGCAAAGAACUUGGCUGUCGCAUGAAGUUUGGAGUUUUCAUCCCAUCUGAGGCUGAAACAGGCCCUGUACCAGUGGUGUAUUGGCUGUCAGGACUUACUUGUACUGAACAAAACUUUGUGACCAAAGCUGGUGCCCAGCAGCAUGCAGCUAAACAUGGCUUCCUGGUGGUGGCACCUGACACCAGCCCCAGAGGAUGCAAUAUUGAUGGAGAGGAAGACAGCUGGGACUUUGGUACAGGUGCAGGAUUCUAUGUGGAUGCGACAGAAGAAAAAUGGAAAAAGAAUUAUCGCAUGUACUCCUAUGUCACCCAGGAGUUACCUGCUAUCAUUGCAGAAAACUUCAAAGUGGCAAGUGACAAGGCUGCUGUCAUGGGGCACAGCAUGGGAGGUCAUGGUGCCUUGAUAUGUGCCCUCAAGAAUCCUGGCCAGUACAAGUCUGUUUCAGCAUUUUCACCAAUAUGCAACCCUAUCAACUGUCCAUGGGGUGUGAAGGCUUUCUCAGGUUACUUAGGAACUGAUAAAAAAGAUUCCUGGAAGGAAUAUGAUGCAUGUGAAUUGGUCAAGAAGUACAAUGGACCUCCCUUGGAAAUUUUAGUAGAUCAGGGAAAGGCUGACAACUUCCUUACCCAAGGACAGCUACUGCCAGAUGCUCUGGUCACAUCAUGUGCUACUGGUGGAGUGCCACUCAUCAUGCGCAUGCAGGAAGAAUAUGACCAUUCUUAUUACUUCAUUGCUUCUUUCAUGGGAGAUCAUUUUGAUCACCAUGCUAAAUUUUUGAAAUCUUGAGUUUAGCUCAAUUAACUUCAUAGAUUCGAAUGAAACUUAGAAAUUUGAUCAUUUUUCUCAAUGUCUUUUCAGCUAAUCUUUUGGUGGAAUAAGUCAUUAAUAAAAUGCUUAUUUGA